AUGCACGGCGGCCCCAUUCUGCCUGUUUCUCCAGCCAACCACGACUCUCCCUUGGGAUGUGUCCCUGGCGCGAAGGAAGGAGCUGAUGCAGCUAGUCUGAUCCUAGGCCAUGGCAAACCUUCCGUCGCCAAGCUGGAGAAUCCACUGCGGCUGAACAGAGACGCAACCCCUCACCAAACCCGGCCCACCUCGACUCGUCCGGGUUCGCUCAUCAGGCCCUGCAUCUGUGGAGAGCCGGUGAAGGUGUCAAACCCGCUGGCUCCUGCGUAUUCGAGCGAGGGAUACGUGGUCUUUGCUUCCCCGCUGGCAGUACACGCGCAGAGUAGUGCAGAUCAUAAUGGGGAAAGUGUGAGAGGAAGCACCAGCCGCUCGUUGGAUUAUUACAAACGCGAGGUCGCGACAUACCGGGUGGUCCCGGGCUCCUUGUAUGCUUGCGGCAAGACGGGGCGAUACAAGAUGCUUGUUGAAGAGCCGGAGACGCCCGGCAACGCAGAGGCCCCCAUCCCCGAAAGCUUGGAUUUGGGGAGCAUCCAGCUUUUCGCCGAGGAUGGAACAUUCCAACGAGUUCCGGAAGCCAACGCGCGAUCCCGGUCAGAGGUAUCGUUGGGCCUUUCGCUAUGCUGCGAGGAUGCCGACAAGACGAUCAAUUUCACAUUGUUAGGCCUCGAGCGCUCCGCCAGAGGCUGGGGAAGCAGCUUGAAGAUGGGAGAGUACGAGCGAGCACGCAGGCGCAUUCUGCGAACGGCCGGCGAUAAGCAUCAUCGGUUCUUCGCAGCUGGCCUCGCGCAGGAGGGUGCCUGUGUCUUCAUCCGUCAGAACGGAAUCUCGCUUACUCAAUGCGUCAGGGAGGCGAUGCAACAUUGUGGACAUUAUCACAGCUGGACCAUCAUCGCAUAG